ACGUCACAUCCGCAGUUGGAAAAAAAACACAUCAAACCAUGGAGGAAGAUAAUAAUCCCCAAAUACUUGAAUAUGCUCACUCUGAGUUUAAAAGACGUAAUUAUAAACGUGCAGAAGAAAUGUACUCAAAGUUUAUCUCUUCCUGCUUACAGUCCAGGGAAUGUGAAGCCAGUGACUUGGCCAUUGCUUAUAACAACCGCGGGCAGAUAAAGUACCUCCGGGUGGAUUUUCAUGAAGCAGUGGAGGACUACACCUCCGCUAUACAGACUGACAGCCGGUUUGAAACACCUUUCUACAACAGAGGACUCAUUCACUAUAGACUAGGUUUUUUCGACGAUGCCAAGAGGGACUUCCACCAAGCAUUACAGCUCAAUCCGGGUUUUGAAGAUGCCAAAGUGAGCCUGCAACAGACUCUUCUGGACCAGCAGCACAAGAUAAACAGGGGAUACUGACAGCUUCAUAAACUAUAGAGAACAUAUUUUAUAUAUUCUGAAAUCUGGUGAAUAAAGAAAAGAUGUAUUUUCUCUCA